CCAUGGUAACCGUUGUGUUGUUAGUAACUGUAGUGUUUUGAUCAGUCAGUCAUGGAGGAGCAGAGAGUUCAAACCUGCGACGUUUACAGAACGGAUCCAAACCUGCCGCACAGAUUCAACAACCCUGACUGUUUCCGUGGUUACAGUCAGAACAUCAGUCACCCACUUUAUCGAACAUCAAACCAAACAUACGGCAGCAAGAAGCCAUCUGUACAUGAGAUACAGACUCAGUUUAAAGUCAAUUCCCGUCAGUUUUCGGAGGCGAUGCUGCAGAGCGGGAUGUACCACGAUAACGGCUUCAACACAUCUGUGGAGAGGAGCAGAGUGAUGGUUUCCACGGCAACCCAGAAAAACAGAGUCAACCUCCAUCGUUACUAUCACUACGGGGACAAAAGCAAUGACCGUGAUGGCAACAACAAGUAAAGAAACAGAAGAAUAUGGUUAUGCAGAAUAAGGCAUUAAUAACUGCUUUUUAAUGACUAAUAAAGAACCAACAAGCUACUAAUAUGCAUGCUAAUAAGCAACUUGUUAACAGUGAAUAUGUGUACCCUAAUAUAAAGUGUUACCAAAUAUCAAUAUAAUAUAAUGACAGCUGUUAUGUUACUCACAGUUUCAGAUUUAACCCUUCAUGCAAAUGUAAUACUGAGAUUUAACCAGCAGAUGUCAACAGCUUAAGUGUUUCAGAAAGUUUUCUCCACCACCAACACUGACCUCUACUUACUGUCAGCUCAUUUAUUAUAUAUUUAAUAUAUUAAAUACUAACAGAAGAUCAUUAGAAAAAUAAAUAACAUGUUUUUCUCACCAACUCUGAACAAUCUGCUGUGAAAAUACUGUAAUUAUCUUCAUGCCAACGGAGUAAAUGUGAAUGUUCAUUAAAGUAAAAUCAGUUUGAUCAGUU